UUCUGCUCUGCCAUGAGUGCUCGUGAUGGCGUUGGUGGCAUCGGCACCCUGGGCCGACGGCAGCGCUUCGAGAACUCUGAGUUCACUGUGCGCAUCUACCCUGGCGCCCUCUCACAGGGUACCAUCUACUGCCCUAUCAGUGCCCGCAAGUCCACCACAGCCGCUGAGGCCAUUGAACGUGUCAUUGAGAGGCUGCAGCUGGACUGCACCAGGUGCUAUGUUCUAGCAGAGGUGAAGGAAUUUGGUGGGGAAGAAUGGAUUUUGAACCCCACCGACUGUCCAGUGCAGAGGAUGAUGCUGUGGCCCCGGGUGGCUCUAGAGCUCCGCCCACUAUCUGGUGGUGAGGAUUACCGCUUUCUGCUACGGCAGAAAAAUCUGGACGGCUCUAUCCACUAUGGCGGCAGCCUCCAGAUGUGGCUUCAGGUCACGGAGGAUCGGAGGCGCAUGGUGGAACGUGGACUGCUGCCUCAGCCGGACUCUCAGGGAGACCAUCCAGAUCUGUGCUGCCUCCCAGAACUCAACGAGCGCUCACUGCUGGACAACCUGCGCUCGCGCUUCCGCCAUGAAAAGAUUUACACUUAUGUCGGGAGCAUCCUCAUCGUCAUUAACCCCUUCAAGUUCCUGCCAAUCUACAACCCCAAAUAUGUGAAGAUGUAUGACAAUCACUCACUGGGAGAUUUAGAGCCUCAUAUUUACGCCGUGGCGGAUGUGGCCUAUCAUGCCAUGCUGAAGAGGCAGAGGAAUCAGUGCAUUGUUAUAUCUGGAGAGAGCGGUUCUGGGAAAACGCAAAGCACAAACUUUCUCAUUCAUCAUCUGACGGCACUCAGUCAGAAGGGUUUUGCCAGUGGAGUGGAGCAAAUAAUUUUGGGGGCGGGGCCAGUGUUAGAGGCAUUUGGGAACGCAAAGACAGCACAUAAUAACAACUCCAGUCGUUUCGGGAAGUUCAUUCAAGUGAACUACCAGGAGAGCGGCACUGUGAGAGGAGCCUAUGUGGAGAAAUAUCUCUUGGAAAAGUCAAGACUGGUCUAUCAGGAGCACAAUGAACGAAACUACCAUGUAUUUUACUACCUGCUGGCAGGAGCAAGUGAAGAAGAAAGAAAAGCCUUUCACCUCAAGAAGCCUGAAGAAUACCAUUACCUCAGUCAGAUGAAAAAGACACCGAGACAACAGCACUGGGACAGUUACUAUGAGAGCGAACUGGACUGCUUCACAGUUGAAGGAGAGGACCUGAAACAUGACUUUGAGAGGCUCCAGUUGGCCAUGGAGAUGGUGGGAUUUCUUCCUGCCACGCGCAAACAGAUCUUUUCUCUGCUGUCGGCCAUCCUUCACCUGGGGAACAUCCGCUACAAGAGGAAGACCUACAGGGAUGACUCCAUAGACAUCUGUAACCCAGAGGAGCUGCCUGUGGUUUCUGAGCUGCUGGAGGUCAAAGAGGAGAUGCUGUUUGAAGCGCUGACAACACGGAAGACGGUGACGGUGGGAGAGAGGCUGAUUGUUCCCUACAGACUGGCUGAGGCUGGUACGGUGCGAGACUCCAUGGCCAAGUCCCUGUACAGUGCUCUGUUCGACUGGAUUGUCUUCAGGAUCAACCACGCCCUGCUGAACAUCAAGGACCUGGAGGAGACCACCAAGAUUUUGUCCAUCGGCGUGCUUGACAUUUUCGGUUUUGAGGACUAUGAGAGCAACAGCUUCGAACAGUUCUGCAUCAACUUUGCCAACGAGCGUCUCCAGCAUUACUUCAACCAGCACAUCUUCAAGCUCGAACAAGAGGAGUACCGGGCGGAGAGCAUCAGCUGGCGAAACAUCGAUUACAUCGACAACACGGGCUGCAUCAGCCUGAUCAGCAAGAAGCCCACAGCGCUGUUCCACCUGCUGGACGAAGAGAGCAAUUUCCCUCAAGCCACCAAUCAGACUUUGUUGGAUAAGUUCAAGCGGCAGCAUGAAGGAAACAGCUACAUCGAGUUCCCCGCUGUCAUGGAGCCCGCCUUCAUCAUCCGACACUACGCUGGCAAAGUCAAGUACGGCGUCAAGGACUUCAGGGAGAAGAACACGGAUCACAUGCGUCCAGACAUUGUAGCUCUCCUGAAAAGCAGCAAGAACGCCUUCAUCUGCGGGCUGAUUGGCAUCGAACCGUCAGCCACUUUCCGCUGGGCGGUGCUCCGAGCCUACUUCAGGGCCCUGGUGGCUUUUAGAGAGGCUGGGAAGAGACACACUCACAAGAAGACCGGGCAUGAUGAUGCUGCUCCCUGUGCAGUAUUGAAAAGUGUGGAUAGUUUUAGCUUUCUGCAGCACCCUGUGCAUCAGAGAAGCUUAGAGAUCCUGCAGAGAUGCAAAGAGGAGAAUUACAGUAUGACCAGAAAGAGUCCACGCACGCCUUUGUCAGACAUUCAGGGAAGCAACACCGUCAUUGAGAAACCCUCACGGAGUUCUCCGGGGCCCAGCUGGAACAGGCGUGUUGGUCGACAGGGCCGCUUGUCGUCCGGCGGUUCCACCACAGACGAAGACGGCAUCUUUGUCAACUCUGCCAGCAGCAAACUCCUGGAGAGAGCCCAUGAUAUCCUGAUGAGGAACAAAAACUACAAAUCCAAACCCAUUCUCCCAAAGCACUUACUGAACGUGAAGUCACUGAAGUACCUCAACAACCUGACGCUUCACGACCGCAUCACCAAGUCGCUGCUUCACCUUCAUAAGAAGAAGAAACCGCCCAGUAUCAGCGCCCAGUUUCAGGCUUCUCUCAAUAAGCUGAUGGAGACUCUGGGUCAGUCUGAGCCUUAUUUUGUCAAAUGUAUCCGUUCCAACGCCGAUAAGCUGCCCUUACGCUUCGAUGAUAACCUGGUGCUGAGACAGCUGCGGUACACAGGUAUGCUGGAGACGGUGCGCAUCCGGCAGUCAGGAUACACCAUCAAGUACAGCUUCAAGGAUUUUGUGCACCACUUCAGCGUGCUGCUGCCAGAGGGCACCGCUGCUUCCAGAGAGGGCAUCCAGGCUUGUCUGGACCACCUGAGCCUACACGCAGAGGGCUAUCAAGUAGGAAAGACAAAGGUGUUCCUGCGGGAGGAUGAGCGUCAGCGGCUGCAGACCUCCCUCCACACAGAAGUCCUCCGACUCAUCGUCAUGCUGCAGCGCCGAUUCAGAGCGCAGCUGGAGAGGAGGCAGUUCACCAGGCUGAGGGAGGCGGCCAUCUGCAUCCAGAAACUGUGGCGUUCUCACCUGUCCAUCAAGAAGCAGGAAGAACUUUACCCUCUUGUCGAGGAGGGGGCCGCCUUGUGCCUGCAGACACACUGGCGAGGUUACGUAGAGCGUCUGAGGUUCAGGCGGCGGAAGCAGGCCGUUCUGGUCCUGCAGGUGGCGUGGAGGUCCUGGCUGUGCUGGCGCUGCUCGGCAGCUGUGGUAAUCCAGGCAGCUUGGCGCUGUCAUCGAGCCAGAGAUGCCUACUUGAGACUGUGUGAUGCUACGAUACAGCUACAGGCGGCAAGCAGAGGUUUCCUCACCAGGCAGAGCUUUAGAAAACUGAAAGAACAGAGACUGAGAGAGGAGAAGGAGCAGCAAGAAACACUUCUUCAGCUUCAGAAUGGCCAGGUGAGUGUCUCACCUGGAAAGGAGGAGGAGGAGUCGCCUGAACAAAUCAUGGGGCUGGACCUCAGCACAUGGGAGGAUCGUUCCUACGAACAACGAGAAAAGAGUCUCCAGGAUCUCGUCGCCCACAGGGGGGAAGGUAAAACGGAGGAAAAGGACGAAGAUGAAAGUUCAAGGGUAAAAGCAGAAACCGAAGCAUCCAACUCGGUCCCAACAUCUACUGCGGUGGAGCGAGAGAGGCCGAGAGCUGUUGACGAGCAGAGCCACAAAACCACCCGGGCCAAACGAGAGAGCCGACGGCUGAGAGAGUUAGAGCAGGCCAAGUUCAGCCUGGAGCUCCUCAAGGUUCGAGCAAACAGUGGUGGAGCGUCAUCGCCCUCUGAGGAACAGCGCUGGUCUCUGGAGCUGGUGCCCCCUGCUAGCUCACCUGUUCAGUCCCCGCAAGGCACACCUGACAGCCAGAGCUCCAAAGGCAGCUUUGAGCUCCUCACCAUGGACGAGGAGCCUCCAAAGGCAACAGAGGAGGUGACAGACAGCGAGGACCCCUUCUCCCACGUCCAACCCGUGUCUCCAGCAUCAGAUUUUAACAAAGAGGCUGGUCCAUCAAGUCCAAAGCCUGCGGGACCUCACAAAACAAGGGUUUCUGAUGGUGUUCAUCCUGAACAUAGCCAGAGCUCAACCAAACUAGAUCUGUCUGCCCCCUCGUAUCCUUCCAAAAUCGAGAACAACCUCCCAACGUUUUAUGUCCCUGCUCGUGAAGGCAUGACAUCAGUCUCCCACCAUCAUCAUCAUCAUACCACUAGAGAGGAACCUCAGAGAAACAAAGAAACGGCCAUUUCUACGACCACCUCAGACAAUAUGAAGCCUCUCAAAGAGAGACGAGAGCUCUCGCGGCGGCCUGUGGUUGUGGUCAUCAGCAUGCAGAAAGAAACGCCCCUCAGUGAAGAGCUGAAAAGAAUCAUCCCAACUCCAGUGCUUUUUCGAGAUUCUGCAGCACAGACCAACAACUUGGCAUCUUCAGAACAGGAACCUGCUCCAGUGUCUGUGAGCCGCGGUCCAGCCUCUCAGCCCGAUCAGUUUGUCAUAGAAAAGCUGCUGCAGCUGAAUGAGGAGAAAGAGGAGCGACAGCGCAACCUGCAGCAGCAGAACGAGAAGGCGAUGAUGGAGCAGAUAAGACAACAGAAAGAAGCCCUGGAGCAACAGCGGCUGAUCUUUGCUCAGUUUGAGAAAGACAUGUUCGAGAAGCAAAAAGGAGAGGCCAUGCUCAGGAUCAAGCAGAGCCGAGAGGUCAGGCAGGACAUCGCAAGAACCACAAGCUCCAUCAAAACCCCAAGACCCAGCUCCUUGUUGAUUGAGAAAACAUCCCAGCAAGCUCCUCACAGCAGAACGCAUUCAGACUCGACUCCCCCAGCGCUGCACUCCCCACCAGACAUUGACAGCCACGGUAGUGCCCGUUACCCCCAGCUGCCCCCUCCACCUUCGUCAGCCCCCACAGAAAGGCGCAAAGGCAGCCAACCUGCUGCCCAGGGCUGGGCACCCAAACUCACACUGGAGUCAAGAGGAGGAAGCAGAAUCAAAACGGCUGGCGAGAAACAAACUCAACAAGACACCACAGUCAGCACGACUGAAAAACCAAGAAACUACUUCUUCACUCCGAAUGACAAAGUGGCGUUUACCUCUUUUGAUAGUGAUGCUUCAUCUAAAGGAACAGCUGCAGCUAUCUCCAAUGAAGGACUCAGACCAGCUUCAAAGCCCUCUAAAGGAGCAAAAGCACAAGAUGUUGGCAGAGUGGGCCAAAAAAAGAAAGCCAGAAUGGCACGGACCCGCGCCGACUUCCUCACCCGCGUCCCCAGCCUCACCGCUGGGGGCAAUUCAGACGAGGAUGACUACCAUGGCGACAGCCUCGUCAGCUCACGCCAUUUCACCCUGCCCCUCUCCAAACAGAGCUCCUCGGAGGCGGGCCUGAGAGAGUCCUGUUUCAGUGACUCGGACAUGCCUGCGAGCUCUGAAGAGCAAAAGAAGUUGCACAAAGCCAUGUCGUCAGGAGAUCUGGGCAAAGUGGACUCGAUGCGCAAGAAUUCACAAGAUGGAAGCAGGGUCCGGGGUAAGAUGCGUUUCUGGGGCAAAACCAAGUACGGAGAAAAGAAGCUAUCCAGAGAAAAGCUGAUCGGUGGUGCUGAUUCCUUUGAUGGAGACUCUGGUGAAACUGGGCCAUUACUCGGAGACACAGGCCAGGAAAACACGUCGCCACCCUACAGUCCAGAUCUGAUUCUGGAUCGAGGGUUCAGAGACUUGAAGGAGAACAAGGAGCCAUCUCCCAAGGUGAAGAGAAGGCGGAGCGUGAAGAUCAGCAACGUGGCCCUGAUGGAGCCCGCUCAGUGGCAGAACGAUGCGCUGCAGAUUCUCACCUCCAUCAACGACUACAGGAGCAUGAACGACUUCCUCAUGAAGAAGAUCAGUGACUUGGACACAGAGGACAGUAAGAAGGACACGAUGGUGGACGUCGUGUUUAAAAAGGCUUUGAAGGAAUUCCGUCUGAACAUCUUCAACUCGUACUCCACAGCUCUGGCAAUGGAUGAUGGGAAGAGUAUCCGCUACAAAGACCUGUACGCUCUGUUUGAGCAGAUCUUGGAGAAGACCAUGCGUCAGGAGCAGCGGGACUGGAGGGAGUCGCCUGUCAAAGUGUGGGUCAACACGUUUAAAGUGUUCCUGGAUGAGUUCAUGACUGAGUACAAACCACAGGAUGGCACAUUCAACAAGCAGGUACCUAAACCUGAACGCAAAAAACGGAGGAAAAAGGAAACUGAUAUUGUGGAGGAGCAUAAUGGCCACAUCUUCAAAUCCACUCAGUACAGCAUCCCCACAUACUGUGAAUUCUGCUCGUCUCUCAUCUGGAUGAUGGACCGGGCCUAUGUCUGCAAAUUGUGCCGAUUCGCCUGCCACAGGAAGUGCUGCCAGAGGACAAGCACCAAAUGCAGCAAGAUGUUUGAUCUAGAGCUCUCCUCCAGGCAGUUCGGAGUGGAGGUCUCUCGCCUAACCAACGAUGAGAGGACCGUUCCCCUGGUCGUGGAGAAGCUGAUCAACUACAUUGAGAUGCACGGCCUUUACACGGAAGGAAUUUACAGAAAAUCUGGAUCCACAAACAAAAUUAAGGAGCUCAAGCUGGCGCUGGACACGGAUGUGGAAAACAUGAAUUUGGACGACUACAACAUCCACGUUAUUGCCAGUGUUUUCAAGCAGUGGUUGAGGGACCUGCCGAAUCCUCUGAUGACCUUUGAGCUAUAUGAGGAGUUUGUACGUGCUAUGGGUUUGCAGGAUAAGAAGGAGACGAUUAGAGGAGUUUAUUCUGUCAUCGACCAGCUCAGCAGAACUCACCUAAAUACUCUGGAACGCCUCAUGUUUCAUCUUGUCAGGAUCGCCUUGCAAGAAGAGACGAACCGCAUGUCAGCUAAUGCCUUGGCUAUAGUGUUUGCUCCCUGCAUCCUCCGCUGCCCUGACACCACUGACCCUCUGCAGAGCAUCCAGGACAUCAACAAGACAACAGCGUGUGUAGAACUUGUCAUUUGUGAGCAGAUGAAUAAAUACAAAGUGCGACUAAAGGACAUCAGCACCCUGGAGUUUGCUGAGAAUAAAGCCAAAUGUAAACUGAGUGUCAUUCGACGAUCGAUGCUGGCAAAUUCAGCUAAAAAGGGAAAAGGCCAGGGACGACGGCUAAGCUAUCACACACCGUCACCUCCAGUCAGUCCUCGGCUGCCGUCUGUGGCUGACGUUGUGAGAGAAGAGAGCAUGGCUGAAGAGGGAGCAGAGUCGCUCGACAUCCCUGAACAUCAGCAGGCAGCCAUGCAGCAGGAAGAGAAAGUGUUGACGGAGCAAAUAGAAAACUUACAGAAAGAGAAAGAGGAGUUGACGGUGGAGAUGCUGACUCUGGAGCCCCGAGCAUCAGAUGAUGAGACCUUGGAGUCGGAGGCCUCUAUUGGUACAGCGGACAGCUCUGAAAACCUCAACGUGGACUCUGAGGAAACCACUUCAGACUUCUCUGAGAGGAAUCCCGUGGUGACCUCCCCAUGGCCUCGCAGAAACGAUGGGCAGAGCCACCGUCGACACGCUCACCACCAGCAGCCUGACUGCCUGGACUCUGUAGACUCUUGCUCCACCGUUUCCUCCUACUCCUCCUCAUCACACUUCCAACAAUCAUUUUCUUCCUCCUCCGCCGCCUCCCGGCGGUUUCGGUUCCACUCCAAGACUCUGAGCCAGCCUCAGGCCCAGAAUAUAUCUCAGUCGGCCCGCUUCGACGCCAGCCCCACAGAGCAGGAGGGCACUUAUGAUGAAAGGCCCCAGUUUACAAGCCGCGGCACGUACAAUCCAGAGAAGGGCAAACAGAAACUUAGAGGAGCGAGACAUUCAGCGGUCAAGCACACGAGAGAGGGGGAGGGCCCUGCCGGGGACCCUCCUGACAUACCACAGCACCUGGUACUGUACGGUAAUAACGAAUUCAUGGUAUGAAGGACAUCGCGACAACAAAACUUUCCCAGUUUGGCUCCAGGCAAACAUUCAUUCUCAACAGGAGGCAGCAUUAAAGCAAAUGAUGUCCACUCUUUGAAUCAGUCAUGCUUAGCCCUUCCUGGUCGACUCCUGCAGAAGCACCGUGCACAGUGCUCAGUGGGUCAGGAAAGGGCUCCUCUGUUGCCACCCAUGCUUUCAGUGCCUUGGCAGCUCCUUCGAGGAGACGCACUGAGCAACAGGACGGAGAACAAGGACCUUUACAGUAUAGAGAAGAGCCCUCAGCAUCAGGGAACGUUACAG